ACUGCAGCAAGCUACAAACACUCUUAAACCCACUAGCUAUAAUUCCCUCCAAUCCCUCUUUGCCUUUGUGCUUCUCUAGUUCUCUCUACAACCCAAAAGUUCAACACUAAAAAUAAAUAAAAAGAAAAAAUGAUGAGUUGCCAAGCAUGGCCAGAACCAGUUGUUCGAGUCCAAUCCUUAGCUGAAAGUGGCCUAACUUCAAUCCCAGCACGCUACAUUAGGCCACACUCCCAAAGACCCUCCAAAACCACUAAUUUUGCUUCUUACCAAGCUUCUCAAAUUGAACAUGACCAUGAUCAUGUUAACAUCCCUGUCAUUGACCUUAAACACCUUUCCGGAGAGGAUCAAGUCCUCCGGGAUGAGGUGCUCCGGCACGUCGCGGAAGCGUGCCGGAAGUGGGGGUUCUUUCAAGUGGUGAACCAUGGUGUAAGCCAUGAGUUGAUGAAGAGUGUUAAAGAACUCUGGCGUGAGUUCUUUAACCAGCCACUUGAGGUGAAAGAGGAGUAUGCAAACUCUCCUACCACUUAUGAGGGUUAUGGAAGUCGCUUGGGUGUGAAUAAGGGAGCCACUUUGGAUUGGAGUGACUACUUCUUUCUUCAUUACAUGCCUCCCUCACUUAGGAACCAAGAUAAGUGGCCUUCUCUUCCGCCAUCUAUAAGGAAAGUGAUUGCUGAAUAUGGAGAGGGGGUGGUUAAGCUAGGAGGAAGAAUACUGAAGUUGAUGUCAAUAAAUCUUGGGUUGAAAGAAGAAUUUCUCCUUAAUGCAUUUGGGGGAGAGAGUGAAAUUGGUGCUUGCCUAAGGGUGAAUUUCUAUCCAAAGUGCCCACAACCUGAUCUCACUUUUGGUCUCUCCCCUCACUCAGACCCUGGUGGCAUGACCAUUCUUCUCCCUGAUGAUUUUGUAUCUGGUCUUCAAGUUCGUAGAGGAGAUGAUUGGAUCACAGUGCUGAGCAAUGCAAUAUACAAGAGUGUAGAGCACAGGGUGAUAGUGAACUCAAAUCAAGAUCGUGUUUCCUUGGCCUUCUUUUACAACCCAAGGAGUGAUUUAGCAAUUGAACCAGCAAAGGAGCUAGUGACAGAGGAUAGGCCAGCCUUGUACUCACCAAUGACAUAUGAUGAAUACAGACUUUACAUUAGGACAAAGGGACCUUGUGGAAAGGCCCAAGUUGAAUCUUUGGCUUCUCAAACGUGAUUCGAUUAGUGUUGAUAGAAAAUGACACUAUUCGAAUAUAAAUAAUUGGACUUCUUGGUCUCCAAUUGGAUGGUUUAUUAAAUCUAUCAUGUUUUUAUUUUGGGGUGCAAUAGUUGAAGUUGAAAAGAACAGGUUGAAUCACGUGUCAGAAUUUUCCUUUCAUGUGUUUUCAUG